AUGGACAGCCGCACGACGACAAACAUCACUUCUAAAUCCGACCCGGUAUCCAGCCCCGCCGACAACACCAUAGUAGCUAAUAGCACGACGAAGAGCGGCACGACGACAAGCAGCACUUCUAAGUCCGACUUGGCAUCUGGAACCGCCGACAAGAGCUUGACAGACCGAACCCAGGACUCUGGUUCUCAUGGCAGCACUUCUAAGCCCGCCUUGGCAUCUGGAACCGCCGACAAGAGCUUGACAAACCGAACCCAAGACCCUGGUUCUCAUAAUUAUGUCCCGGACCCCUACUUGGACAAGCUCUUGGGGUUCUGCGACUGGGGGAAUACCGAGUACGCUGAUUACUAUCGCCACGGCGGUUUCCACCCCGUCGAUCUCGGAGAUGUCUUGGGCGAAGAUGGGCGAUUCCGCGUGGUCCACAAACUCGGGUACGGCGGGCAGGGAACCGUUUGGCUCUGCCGCGACAACGUCUCCAAGAAGUGGCGCGCCGUCAAGAUCAUGGCGGCGCACUCGUCCACCGCCGACUGUUCCCACAUGAAGGCCCUCGAACUCUUCGACGGCGCCAGCCCGGAUGAAUUGGAGGCUAACGGCAUCCAAUUGCCACUAGAACACUUCUGGAUCGAAGGGCCAAACGGGCGCCAUCUUUGCUUCGUGCUACCCUGGCUCGGCCCCGAGAUCCUGGAUGUCCCUAGAUAUUAUUGUCAUGUGCCUGAGCUCGUGAAGGACGUUUGCUUCCGGCUGGUCAUGGCUUUGAAAUUUAUCCACUCACGGGGUCUUUGUCACGGUGACUUCCGGCCUGCCAACGUCCUGUUCCGACUGGUUGACGGGGUCGACGAAUGGGAGGAGGAGGCCAUCCUGAAGCUGCUAGGCGAGCCCGUCCUCGUCCCGGUCGAGCGAAUCAUUGGGCCGGGCGUUCCACGCUAUCUUGUCCAGCCCGCCGAGAUCAAAUACACAGCGGGAGUCUGCUCAUCCAAAAUCGCCGUCAUCGACUUUGGGGUUUCAUACUCCGCCUCCCAGCCUCAGGCCGACGGUACCGGCAUCCCGAUGGCAUACGCGUCACCCGAGCUGCUCUUCAACCGGCACGACGCCCUGGGAUUUCACAGCGACGUUUGGGCUCUAGGCGUCACCCUGCUCCAGGUUCGGGUAGGCAUGCAGCCCUUCGACCAGCACGAUGAGGAGGACCCACUCGAAGUACUGGAGUGUAUGGAACGCACCGUGGGCCCGAUUCAGGAGCCCUACCGGAGCAUCUGGAGAGGGAUGGAUGGCAAGUUCGUCAACUCGCGGGACGAGAACGGCGAGCCCCUAGACGACGACAGCUGGAAAGACGAGUCGCUCAUGGCCACGGUCUCCACCGAAGACGAGGAGCGAUACCGCCGGACCAUUUUCAGGGAGUGCGGCAGUUCCAACAUGCUCCACUACUGCAUGCGAAUGCCGAACCCCAUGAGUCUCAUCAAGGAGGAAGCCGCCGAGAUCACGAACAAGGCAGCCGCCGACCCCGGCCGGAUGCCCGGGUGGGAGGACCGAAAGAAGAGCACCCCGGACUCCCGCCCAAAGGGAGUCCAGCAUGUCAUUCCGAAAGAGGAGGUCGACCAGCUGUUCGAUCUCCUCCUCAAGAUCUUCCGGUGGCAGACGGCGGAGCGGGCCACGCUCGACGAGAUCGCCAACCACGAGUGGUUUGGGGGCCGCAACUGGUCCCAGGGGCACGUCGAGCGCCCGCGCGAGGAGGCGCACGACUCCGGGGCCAUCAGGACGGUCUGGGAAUCUUGGACUUUCUGCCGGGGGUGGAUGGCGCUUGGACUCCGCACGGGAGCAUCCCGGGUGAUGGCGUUUCUCUUCUGGGGCCUGGGGGAGAUCGGAAAGACUAUUUCGGCGGUGGUCAUUGCCAUGAGGGGGCGGGAUGCUUGAAGGGAAUAUAUAUAGUGGUGUGGAAUAUUAUGGAGGUUGACUUUACUAGGCAAGAUUAGAAAGACUCUGUCAAAGGUGAUGAUUGCUGGAAGAGGGCGAGAUGUUUGAGGGGAUAGAUAUGUUGCGAAGGAUAAUAGCUAGGGAGGUUGACUCUAUCUUUGUCACAUAGCAGGUAAGAACGGUAAAUUAAUUGUAAGAGAUUGAAUCGCGC